AUGUAUUGCCAUGUCUGGCUAACACUGGGACUGACUCGAACCAAGCUCGCCGUGGCAGUCAGUGCCCUAGCUCAAGGCCGCGCAUCCCUAGCAUUGGGUAACAUUGUUGGCUCCGCCAUCUCCAACAUCCUCGGCGCUUUCUCGCUGGGCCUCAUCUUCCGCAAAACAGGAGAUUCUAUGCAAUUCGAUCGCACUGCGCGCAUCUACUCGCUCCUUCUCUUCGGCGUGACUACCGCUGUCAUUCCUGUGAUCUACUUCCCGCGACAAGGCCUCUCACGGGUAGCAGGUAUUGUCCUCAUCGUCGCCUUUGCAGUUUACAUUCUGUCCGUUGGCUGGGCCAUCAGUCGCGGUGCCCUUGCGGCGCCAGAGGGCUCAGAUAGCGACGGUGAUAGCUCAAGCGAUGAUGAAAGCGAUGCCGAGCCGGCUUCACGUCGCAGGCCCAGCCGGGAGCAGCAGCCUCUCCUAAGUUCAUCCGAGAACUUUGCUCGGCGUCGACGCGGUCUGCGAUAUCACAUCGCCUAUCUCCUAGUCGGGUUUCUUGCCAUGUUUCUGUCCGGUUAUGUUCUUUCACACGCUGCAACGAACGUCGCUGACGCACUUGGGGCGUCUGAAGCCUUGUUCGGCAUCGCUGUGCUAGCAAUUGGAACGAAUUUACCUGAGAAGUUUGUUGCCGUGCUGAGCGGGAACCGUGGACACGGUGGGAUUCUCGUCGCGAACACGGUUGGGAGCAACAUCUUCCUGCUCUCUUUGUGUCUCGGAAUCGUGAUGAGUUGGGCGGAGCUGGCGGUGCUCUGGGUGUCGACAUUGUUGUUCACAGUGGCUGUGUGCGUAGAAGGGAAACUUCAUCGGUUGGUGGGUGGGCUGAUGUUGGUUGGAUACAUCGCGUUCAUCGUGGUGGAGUUUGCGGUUUUGAGGAGGGCUGUCGACCCUUAA